GUUGCUCUUUCUCCAAACCAACACCAUCCCUAUUUCUCACAUCUCAUCUGGCAUUGAUGAACCAUGUCGUCAGCCCAAAAUGGCGGUAAUACAAAUACUUGCUCGGUCUCUCUGCAUGUCCCAACUUCCUCGGUACAUUUCGGACCCGAUAUAGUUGAAGAUGAAAUACCAGCACAAUUCAAAGCACCUCCUCCGUCGCAGCCGAGAAGGCCACAUCCAGGUGGAUUGGAUACUCUGCAGGAAGCAUCUCAUGUCAAUGCAUUAUCACAAGCAACAGGACCUUCACCUGCAAGCUUACAAGCAGUAAUGGAAAAUAUCUCACUAUCUCAAAAACAAGGAACAAAUCAAAAAGUGGAAGCACUUUUGACAGCCGCUUUAGCAUCUCUAUCUCCCAGCAAUCGUAGUCGUGCGAUCACAAAGGCAAAAGGGUACGAUAGCAUAACAGUCCAGCUCGCCAACGAACGCUGGAGAGAGAGGUGGAGUAGAUUAUGCUUGGCUCCAAGUGAAACAGUUGCGUCUACUUCCGCGUCUUCAGUUGGAGGAAAUGCAUCAAAAGCAUUUGCAGCAGGCGAUCCAGGAGGUAUGGGAGGUAGCUGGGAAGUACUUGCACAGGCAAGCGGAGCGGGAGGAUUGAAUGUGCCGAUGGAAGGUGCUCUGAAUGGUGCUACAAAAGCGGGAAAGAUGGUACGAAGUAGUAGCCGAAAGCAUAUAAUUGAAACGGCACCUGCAGGCACAACAUUGAGCUCAUCUGUCACGCCAACGCUUGGAAGGAUCGAUGAAGGAUCAGAACGUGUUCGAGAAAGCAACACAUCACCCAUCAAUGAAACCCAAAAAGAAGCUGAAGCCUGGCGAAAGUCACCAAGCUUUAAUCCGAGCGAAUUGAAUCUUACAAAGUAUGAGGAUAGCGAUGGCGUGAUUGCAAUCAUCAGUCCAUGGAUCGAGCUUGAUUCUUGGGAUGAAGGUAUUCGAUUAGACUCGGAAAUUGCACUACGCCAAGAACUCUCUUACGCUUCGCAUUUGGGAAUAUUGCAAGUUGUUCUUCCUCCCCCAUCCAGCGAUCCAGCAUGUCGUCCUUAUCUCGUCGACUAUGCCCGUGCAAUCGCAGGCUGUCUUGUCUCUCGUGGAUCAGAAGCUCCAGCUGCCGGUCAUUUCAUGCGCCUUUCUAUCAGACUACCGAUCUCCAGCCCAUAUGCAUCAGCUCAAAUGAUGCUCAAAACAGGAGUUGGCGCCAGGCCUUUGAGUAUUUCCAGUAAUAGCUCCAACGGUACAGCACAGAUGCGUUCAGAAGACGAUUGGAGUUGGCAAGCAUGGCAUGUGAUUCAAUCGGUGUGUGCAUUUAACGCACGAUUGGGUGUUGCUAUCGAUCUUUCAGCACCUCUGCCUUCUCCUGCUAUCCUGGAGAGAUGGAACGCUGAACCGGUCUCACACAUUUGGCUACCAGCGAGGGCAUUUUUGAGUAAUGCAAAAGGCUAUCCCGUUCUAUCAAAAGCAACACAAUCUUUCUUGCGUUCCAUCAUUUCGGUCAAAGCACCUCAACUUGCCUUUAUCUUGACGGGUACGCAAACGCCUCCAGAGAACCAUACUCGAGGAGGACAGGCGGCUUAUGAGCAGUACAUUCGACACACUGAGCGAAACAUUACCUCCAAUAUGACUGAAACAGAUCUACAGGUUCGCUCAUACUCUGAUUACCUGCAAGCUCCAUUGCAGCCGCUAUUUGACAAUUUGGAAGGACAAACGUAUGCCACAUUUGAAGCUGAUUCGAUCAAGUAUGAAAAGUAUGAAGAGGCAGUCUAUCAAGCGUUGUCUUCGCUACCUCCCAAGAAUAUCAUUAGUGUUUGGGUAUGCGGUGCUGGUCGUGGGCCGUUGGUGAGUCGGUGUAUUCAAGCUGCACGUAAAGCAUCGAGAACAAUCAAGGUUGUUGCUCUAGAGAAGAACCCAAAUGCGAUCGUUGGCUUGCGUGAAAGAGCAACUAACGAAUGGGGACAAGAUGUUGUACGAGUGGAAAUGGGAGAUAUGAGAACGGUAAAAAUCUCACCCAGCGAGAAAGCGGACAUCAUCGUCAGCGAAUUGCUUGGAUCUUUUGGCGAUAAUGAACUAAGCCCAGAAUGCUUGGACGGGGCAAUGCGGAUCUUGAAGCCGAAUGGAAUCUGUAUUCCACGUGCCUAUAGCUCGUACAUCACACCAAUCUCAACGCCAAAGCUGUGUGCAGUCACUUACCUUGCAGGUCGUGGCGGUAAGGAGGAAAUGCCGGAAGUGCAACAUUGCUGGACAUUUGAUCAUUCUACGCCACCUGCUGUGCCAUUAUCGUAUGACGGCUUACCGCUCACAAACGCCCACAACGUGCGUUUAUCUUCACACACCUUUCAUAUCCCUCGCCAAUCUGUUUGUCAUGGCUUAGCAGGUUCAUUUGAAGCACAUCUUUGGGGGAACGUUGUUUUGUCAAUCCAUCCAGACCCAAGCCGAGCAACGCAAGGGAUGAAUUCAUGGUUCCCACUCUAUUUUCCAUUCAAAGAACCGCUUUAUCUGGCCGCUGAAUCGGAAUUGGAUGUUUCGAUUUGGCGUCUAACAUCGAAUGACCGCGUUUGGUAUGAAUGGAUGGCGCAAUCCUUUGCAAUUUCCAACAAGCCAAGUCGAGCAACAUCUCUAUCUGUUUUAGAGAACGAAAGCGUUCGAUCCUCAUCUGUAUCAUCACAACCACAACAACAAAAGAAUAACGGUCGGGUACGAUUCGAAGGUGUCAACUCUGAUGCUUUUCAAAAUGCUCCCAAUACGCCAAGGUUAUCCGACACCACUUUACCGGGCGAACCAUCUACUUCGCAAAAUGCUGCUAUUGCUGAACGAUCGCUAAUAGGAAUGACUGCAUUGAUGAAUCCGGGCGGAAGAAGUUCUUCUGUGUACAUGUAAAAAAAAAACUUGCAAUUGAAUGUGUAUUUUACCUAUAACCCGUUGGGAUCUCAGGAACGUUGUUUGCAGAGUUUGCCGUUCAACCCUCUUUAGGGCGUACCGAACGCCGCCUUUUACCCAAUCGAAGUGGCUGCAUUUCAAUGCACAACGAGAGAGAUUCGCGUAAAUUUGUGUUUGUGUUACUCUUAAGCGCCUUUUGGCGCGAAUCUUUGGGCUAA